AUGGUCAUCGUCUCCGACGUCGCCAUUCUCACGAUACCUUUUAAGUAUCUAUUUGGCUUGCAAACGCCAGUGCUAAGGAAGGCGUGGAUCAUAUUUGCCUUUGCCUUGGGAAUACUUACCGUUGUAAUUGUCGCCGUGAGAAUGCAUCUCAGUGCAAAAAAUCCCGGAGACUUAUCGGUCCUUGCUAUCUGGUGCAGUCUGGAGCCCACUGUCGGCAUUAUCGCAGCGUGUAUCCCAACCUUUAGACCGCUGCUCGGACGAAGCAAGUAUUCUGAUGACGGCACGAUGCACGCUAGAAACCGCUUGUCCGCUCAUGACCAUACCCGCGGUGCCGACCGGAUGCGAUCGCUGUCACACGAGAACCUGUCACAGAUCCAACUACAUUCACAGACAUCUGACCGUGACACAAAGUUCACAUCGAUUACUCGUCGCACAGGCUCCAGGGAUGACCACUGCGGUGAUAUCGAGCUGUCGGUGUCGGCUAUGCCAUCUAUUCCGGUUGCCGUCUAUCUUCGCAAGGACUGGAACGUGGCAUCUCAUCCAGAGUCAAAUGUGGUGUUGCCUGAGGAAUUUACAAGGAGGGCAUCUACACAAGACAAGCGAAAUUGCCUGUAA